GUUUCCGCUCAUUGACACCUAUCAUUUAUGUCAAAUGUCAAUGUUAACAACAACAAAGUUUAGUUUGCUUAGCAAUUGCUUAGUACUAAAAAUUAUUAAAAGUUACAGGAGUGAUACAAUCUUACUAUAGUCAUAGGCAUGGAAGAUGUUAAAAAAACGUGGUCCAAAUAUUGUAUCGUUCCUAUGUGCAAAAGUAGAAUGGAAACUGCCCCUGAAAAAAUUUAUUUUUAUGUCCCGAAAAAUGCAGAUAUAAGGAAAAAGUGGUUCAAGGCGAUGAAGAAAAUCUAUGUGUCGAGUUUGAGCUCUUUAUACUGUUGUGAAGAUCAUUUUAACGUUGAACAAGAUACAGAAAAUUAUAUACAGUAUAAAUUAAUGACCUUACAGCAUGGGAAGAAAGUAACACUACGAUUAAAAAAAGAUAUAAUACCAUACAAAUUCCAGUGUCAGCAAAAAGAAAAACAGAAGCUACCUCCGGAGGGGACAGCUGGUUUGAAUUUGCAAAGACUAGCACCGAUGGAAGACCCACUAGCCCUAACUAGUCCACCAAUACCAGGUCCCAGCGCACCAAUAUCUGUAGUUUAUUUACCAGAACCAGAUCUUAUUUCAACCUCAGCACCAUCCAAGGAUUUAGAACUAAACAAUUUUAGUGAAAAUGACAGACAAGCUACUACUAACAUAUCUAAUAGACAAAGUAAAAGUGUAUUGCGGAUUAAUAAGGCAGUGCAAGUUGAUUGUAAAGUUCAAUGUAGAAGCAUAGGUGUCAACGUUAAUUUAAUACCAAAGAAACAUGACAGAGCUACGUCUCCAUUACUAUUACCAAUAAAAAACUAUAAAAGAAAAAAUUCAUCAAGAUCACUCUUAAAAUCUAAUUGGUUAUCUAAAAAAAGAAAACUCUCUGUAAACAAUCCUGCUGAUGAUGGUCCUGUCACAAGUGUUAUAUCCCCAUCCUCAGAAUAUAAACCAGAGUCAAGUUCAUCCUCGAGUUUGCUAUAUCAAUCAAACCGCCACUUACAAUCUAAGAUCCUAAUGUGCAUAGGCUCAGUGACUGUUGUAGAAAAAGAACCACAAAUGUUGUUAGGAUUACCUUAAAAACUUUUUAUUGAAUCAAACACUUGGGCAAAGGAUUUUGAAUGUUGGACAAUCAGGCGAAAGAUUUGCCUAAUAAUUUCUCAGACACCCUUGCAUUUGAGAUGUUACACCUAAGGGUAGACAUACACAUACUGCUUUACGCAGUUGGUCACCAGUAGAUGUUCACCAACAAUGUUACAACAGGUGUUUGUGGUGGCAAUAAAAUAAAGUUUGAUAUUUAAAACCUU